AUUCUUACAAUUGAUGCACAGCGAUUGACCCCAACGGUAUUCUGAAAGUGUGUUGCUCUGUUGCUAUUGUCGUUCAAUAGUUCAAUCUUCAAUAGUUUCACGAUGACCAUCAUGCUAGUCUCAUUUGAAAAACAUUCGAGACCAAUGAGCUGAUAUUGUUAUGUUCUCAAAAACACACAAAAAAGCUGCUGCUUUUCCGUUCAACUUCCAAGGACACUCGAAUAAGGAACAACAAUAAUAAUAGAGGCAUGGGGAUAAAGUGGUAAAACUAAUUGAACUAUUGGGAAAUAUUUUUUUCAAACGACUUUGUAUCAGCACUCAAUGUUGCUCCGCAAUUCCGUUUUUUUAAAACUUAUUUGUCAGUCGAGUUAUCAUUCGAACACGAACGAACAAAAAAUGAUCAAAGUUCGUUCGUAAUAGUUGGCUUAUUUACAUUCGUUCAUUUGUUGCAAAGGAAUUUCGAGAGGCACUUGAGAACUUUUACGCUAUCUUCUAUCAACGCUUUUCAAUAAAUAUUUUCGAUCGAUAUAAAGUUCUUUUAUCUGGUAACACAGUUAGUCCGUCGUGUAGUACAAUUUUAAUUGUAUGGGUUCAAACCGUUUUAAUAUAAAAGACCUUCAAUUGUCACAGUGACAUCAAACGCUUGUGCGAAAUUUCACCGUACGGUCUGAAGAAAACGAUAUUGCAAAAGUUUUAUUGAUCAAGAAGUGAAAAAUGUUACCAAUUCUGUACUUGUUACUGUGUAUAGUGGCAGUUUCCUUUGCUGACGACUGUUUGCCAUCGAUAACAACGGCCAGUGGUUCAAGUGCUCCACAGAAAAUUUGCUCAGGUCAAUUAAUAUUUGAGGAGAAUUUUGACAGUUUAAACAAAGAAAUCUGGAAGCCGCUAUCGACAUUCUCAGAUGGUGGUAAUAAAGAGUUCCAAUGGUAUGUGGCAGAUGAUGAAAAUAGUUUUGCGAUGGAUGGAAAAUUGCAUAUAAAACCGACGUUAGCAGCGGAUAAAAUUGGUAGUGAUGCAGUCGAAAGUGGCUACAUUCACUUAGAUGAUUGUACCGAUUCCAACAAUGCGAACUGUGAACGUCAGGCUGGUGGAAAUAUCAUAAUAAAUCCGGUCCGUAGUGCACGUUUGACAACAGGAAGUUCGUUUUCUUUUAAAUACGGGCGUCUUGAGGUGAUUGCAAAACUUCCUCUUGGCGAGUUGCUGUGGCCAGGUCCAGCCGUUUGGCUUUUACCUACGGGCUGGCGCUACGGAGGGUGGCCCAGGAGCGGAGAGGUUGAUUUAUUCGAAGCUCGUGGCAAUAUUAAAUAUGGGAAUGAUGUUCAGAUCGGUGUUGAGCAAAUUGGAAUGAGAAUCCAUUAUGGCCCCAAUUGGGAUAAAAAGGCAUCGCAAGGUUAUGAGAAAAAUAAUGCGGCCGGUUUUCACAGCGGUUUUCAUAAAUAUGAAUACCUUUGGGAUGAGACUGGAGUGAGAUUCCUUUUGGACGGCUCUCAAAUUGGGCACGUUCCAGUUGCCGAUGGAUUCUGGAAACGAGGUGGUUUUGACGGUGAAAAUAUUUGGGCAUCAGCAACAAAAAUGGCUCCCUUUGAUCAAGAGUUCCAUCUAAUAAUCAACUUAGCGGUGGGAGGGACAUUUUUCCCAGAUGUAAAUUACCAAAAUGGACCACGACCAUGGACAAAUAAUUGGGCGACUGCAAUGAAAGAAUUUUGGACAAAUCGCAAUCAAUGGCUACCAUCAUGGGAAAAUAGAGAAAAAUCUUCUCUUCAAGUUGAUUCUGUCAAAGUUUGGGCCAUUUAAAAUGCGCAAAUCUGGAAUUGGGUGUAUUAUGAUAUUAUGCUCAAAUUUUAUAGUUGCAAAUAAAGUGUUAAUGAGUGUCAAUGAAA